GACAGAUAAUAGAGUCCUCUCGUGCCCCCUUCCCUCUAUUCAAUCUCUGUCUCUUUGCAAAAACACUCUUGCCCUCGCUAACAGACACUUUUGCCAGCGUACCCUUUCCAGGCGGAGCUACAAGACUCCAAUUUCUUCUAGGGAAUUACUAGAAAACAACACAACCACACUGACUUUCGCCGCCGCCGACGACGACGGAGGAGAUAUAAGACGCCCUUCUUGCCCUGCAGUUGUCGGAUUUUUCGCUUUCUCUCUACCUGAUCGGAUUGGAUUGGGAUUUGCAUUCUUCGUAAAAAAACAAAAAAAUGGUGGAGACUAGUAGUCUGCUCGGCUGGAUUCUGGCCUCUCUCCUCGGCCUGCUCGGAGUUUACGUUUACUCCGUCGCCACAAGGAAUGCGGAGGCUAAUCGUAGGAGAGUAGUUUCCGAGGGGAGAAGUGAUUCCGUCCGGAACCUCACCACCACCAAAGAAGAACGCAGAUCUGGCGGCGACGCUAACGACGAUGCCGACAUCAUCAUCGUUGGUGCCGGCGUCGCCGGCGCCGCUCUCGCCCACACUCUCGGCAAGGAUGGGCGUAAGGUGCAUGUCAUUGAAAGGGAUUUGACCGAGCCGGAUAGAAUUGUUGGUGAAUUGCUUCAACCAGGAGGAUACCUGAAGUUGAUAGAAUUGGGUCUUCAAGAUUGCGUGGAGGGAAUUGAUGCCCAACGAGUGUUUGGUUAUGCCCUUUUCAAGGAUGGGAAACAUACCCAACUUGCUUAUCCCUUGGAGAAGUUCCACUCAGAUGUAUCAGGAAGGAGCUUUCACAACGGGCGUUUCAUUCAGAGAAUGCGGGAGAAAGCUGCAUCCCUCCCCAAUGUGCGACUGGAGCAAGGAAGUGUCACUUCUCUGCUCGAAGAAAAUGGAACAAUCAAAGGUGUGCAGUACAAGAACAAAGAUGGAGAGCAGCAGACAGCAUAUGCACCCUUAACAAUUGUUUGUGAUGGUUGCUUCUCAAAUCUACGUCGCUCACUGUGCAACCCAAAGGUGGAUGUUCCUUCUUGCUUCGUUGGUUUGGUGUUAGAGAAAUGUGAUCUCCCCUGUGCAAAUUAUGGACACGUCAUUCUUGGAGACCCUUCUCCAAUUCUGUUCUACCCCAUCAGUAGCACAGAAGUUCGCUGCCUGGUUGAUGUUCCUGGACAGAAGGUUCCUUCCAUCUCCAGUGGUGAAAUGGCAACAUAUUUGAAGACUGUGGUAGCCCCUCAGAUCCCAAAACAGAUAUACGAUUCAUUUGUGGCAGCUGUGGACAAAGGUAACAUAAGAACAAUGCCCAACCGUAGCAUGCCGGCUGCUCCAUAUCCCACACCAGGCGCAUUGCUAAUGGGGGACGCAUUCAACAUGCGUCAUCCAUUGACCGGGGGUGGAAUGACGGUUGCCCUCUCCGACAUUGUUGUCCUACGCAACCUUCUCAGGCCUUUGAAAGACCUGCACGAUGCUCCUACCCUCUGCAAGUACCUCGAAUCCUUCUACACCUUGCGAAAGCCUGUUGCUUCUACGAUCAACACGCUAGCUGGCGCAUUGUACAAGGUGUUCUGUGCUUCGCCGGACAAAGCCAGACAGGAAAUGAGGGAAGCUUGCUUCGAUUAUCUCAGCCUUGGAGGUGUAUUCUCGAGCGGACCGGUUUCGUUGCUGUCGGGUUUGAACCCUCGACCGUUGAGCUUGGUCCUCCAUUUCUUCGCAGUUGCAGUAUACGGUGUGGGGCGACUCCUGGUUCCUUUCCCUUGGCCGAAACACAUCUGGAUCGGGGCUCGCUUGAUAUCGGGCGCAUCUGGAAUCAUUUUCCCGAUAAUUAAAGCGGAGGGAGUACGGCAGAUGUUCUUCCCGGCGACUGUGCCUGCUUAUUACAGAGCCCCUCGCUCGCGUGGUUAAAUUAAGUGGCGAGCGAGACUGUGAUUACCAGUCGUAAACAAAUGAGCAAGUUUUCUUGGUGUGCGUCUCUGUGGAGUGAGUCAGUUAUCACGUUUUGUUGCAAGCUCAUAACGUGUGUGUAAUGUACUCUUCUUCAAUGGAGUUCCGAAAUAUAUUAAAAUUUUGUCU